AAGGGCAGUAGAACUUCUAGUUCUAGGGCCCCCUACUGUCCCUUUAAACAACACUCGAAAAACACACCGGUAAGCGCAUAGUAGCUGCUGCUAGCUGGCUAAAAUGGUCGUCAGAGGGAAGCAGUGGGUGUUUAUAUGACUUUGAAGUUCUGUGGAAAUAAACGAAAUCACUGUCAUCCUAUGAUAUAUCUAUAUGAAGAUCUGAACCCCUGCACGGAAAUGCAACGGACCACAUCAGAGCUAUGAAGUUUUUUUCGGAAUGUGAGGGGUGAGUGGACUGUCACAUGCCCCAAGGAUGGAUAGCUUUUUCAAAGCUGCGGUGUGUGACCUGGACAAGCUGUUGGAUGAUUUUGAAUUAAAUACGGAGGAUGUUGACUGCAAGCCAGCCGUCCCCUCCGAGCGCCCCCCUCCACCUCCAUACCCAGGUGCCUCUCAGUGUUUCGUGCCUGCGCAACCCACGGUAGUCUCCAACUCUCUGCCAGACGUCAAUGCUCUCCACUACUGCCCAGCCAGCACCUCCACCUCCACCUCCUCAAACGGGAGCAAAAACCAAAGAGCCCAAGAGAAGCCCCUGACGGGGGUAGACCUCCUGUCCUCGGUCAAUGGCAGAGCGAACAACAACAACAACACCACCAACAGCAAGAGCCUCACCGCGCCCCCCUGCCCCGACCGGGCCUUGAAGCCCGUCUGCGAUCUGGUCAGCGAUGCCAGCUCUGCGGCGGCUGCUGCCGCAGCUGUAGCGGCCAGCAACAACAGCCACGAUGCCUUCCGGGAGCUGGAGGAGGCCGAGAGGCAGCUGGAAGAGGAGCUUCUGGUGGACUUUAGCAGCCCCGUCGUGUCCUUGCCUUCUGAAGCAGGAGGUGCUCAAGCGAACUCUGUCGGGGCUCAGUCGGGAUCGGACCCGGCGAACUCCCUCAGCCUGCUGGACGUUAUCCUCCCCGCAGGUGUCGAUAGGCUAGGUGACCCCCAGGAGAGCCUCCUGCCCAAUAGUAGCCCAGAAACGCUAGCUUUCAAUGGGGCGGAAGUAUUACACAGCCAUACGUUACCGGAUGGCACAAGCUGCUCAACAACAGAAGAACAAAGCAUAACCCCUGCUAAUGGUGAACCGGUUGCCCCGUCUGCGAAUCACGUCGCGCAGAACGGGAAGGAGGUCGGCUCUGUGAGUGAAGACCUAAAGCCGAGUGCUGCUGCUACUACAGAUGACUGUGACGCUGCUGCUGCUGCUCCGUCGGCGGUUCAGCCGCUGGGCGAAAGCGUCGCAGGGGAAGAGCCAGAGAACUGCGCCGCGGCGAGUGAACCCCCUGCCCCCGAUCCAGAGGCGUCCUCCAUGUCCUGCCUCCCCAUGGCCGUGUCCAUGUGCAGUUCUCUGGUGAGCUCUAGGGAGGAGAAAGAGGCGGUGGCGGCGGCAGCGUCUUCAGACGUGGAGGCCCGCAAAGCUCAGGAGAGAACAGAGUCCUCGUCUUUGUCAGCUCCCUCAUCCUCCACCGGGGCCGAAUCUCAACAGCCUCCCGUUCAGCCGCCUGCCCAGGAAAUGGCAUCAAGUGCCGCACCACCACCAAAGGAGUGUGAGACCAGUGUGGAGAACCACGCCAGCUUGGAGGCAUGUCCCGAGGCAGGGUGUCCUAAGUCUGUGUCGGACGAAGCCUCCUCCUCCUCCUCCACACCUGCGCACAUAGUCCGCUCACCUGCCACGGGUGAAGAGGCACCUCCACGGCCACCAGGGGGCAGGCUGUCUCCGUACGAGGAGAUGAGCAGCCGGAGCCUUCCGGAAAGCAGCCAGUCGCCGCCCUCCGACGACGGCUACGGCUACCAAUCGGAAUUGGGCUUCGCCAACGACUACCUCCCCGAGAGCGAGCGAGCCGAGGCCGAGGCCGCCAUGGUGACGGACGAGGAGCUGGACGCCUUUCUGAAGGCCCAGGCGUCGUGUCACGCCGACGCGUCCAACGACGACAAGGACGACGGCUUCUCGGAGAUGAACGGCGACGCCAUGGACGUGGACGCGCUGAUGGAGGGCGAGCUGCGGAGUUGCCCCGCCCCCGCCGCGGACAGUUUCGCCUCGCCCGAGAGCGACCAAUCGUUCGCCUGUGUCGCCGAAGACCGGGACGUUUCCGAGCCGUCCACCCCGUCCCAAGACAGCGUCCCCGGGACACCCCCUCGGGACGUGUCGCCCGCUGCGGGGCGCGUCCCCAACGCCACUUGCAACUCCACCCCGCCCCAGCAUCUGUACUUCGGAGGGGCGCGGCCGAAAACUCUCGGUCCGGGGCUGAGGUCUCCGCCAGCGAGGCCGUGUCACGAUGGCAACCUCCACGAGACGCCCUCCCCGGCUGACUUUGGAGAGAACAACAUCCACACCCCGCCACCCAACGUAGAGGCCCCGCAGACGCCGAGUCCACAACGCGAGGGGGUCCCCCCACCCGACCCGCCCACCCCUUACCCCAGCGAGGACCGCUUCGAGUCCAGCCUGGAGUACGACGAACUCUCGGAGCCUCCGCCUUACCCCGGACGGACGGUCGGAGAAGGGGUGCCUGCGGGGGCCCCAAACCAGGCAGGGACCUCGGCGGACGACGGCCUGGGUUCAAAGCAGCCUUCCUGGGUGCCCGACUCCGAGGCUCCCACGUGCAUGAACUGUGGCCAGAAGUUCACCUUCACCAAGCGGCGGCAUCACUGUCGAGCAUGCGGAAAAGUGUACUGUGCCGUCUGCUGCAGUCGGAAAUGCAGACUCAAAUACCUGGACAAGGAGGCCAGAGUGUGUGUGGUCUGCUACGACACCAUACAGAGAGCUCGGGCCCUGGAGAGGAUGCUGAGCGGGAGCGGGCCGAGCCCCAAUCCCAACGUGCCGUCUGAGUACUGCUCCACCAUCCCCCCGCUGCAGCAGGCACGCGCGGCCGGCACCCUCAACUCCCCCCCGCCCACCGUCAUGGUGCCCGUCUCCGUCCUCAAGCACCCCGGCAACGAUGGUUUCCCAAGGGAAGAGAAGCACGUGUGGUUUGCCGAUGGCAUCCUGCCCAAUGGCGAGGUGGCCGACACCACACGCCUCUCCGUGCGGCCCCGCCGGCCCUCGCAGGAGUCCAGCCCCGUCACUCCAGACCCACCCAGCACGCCUAACAGCAAGCCCCUGCCCCCUCCCAAGGAGGCGGAGGCGGAGGUUGAGCAGAAGGAGGAAGAGGAGACUGGUGGUGGUGGUGGUGGUGUUGGUGGUGGGGGCGAGACCCCCAGUGCAGCCGUGGUGGAGAGGCGAGCCCCCACAGGGCCCUGGGACUACACCCUGCUCAGCGGCCUCACCGCCUGCGUCUCCCGCGACCCCUGCCUGGUGCCCGACGACCCCGAGGGGCUGCCCCCGCUGCUCAUCGCCACCGGAGACGACGACGCCGGAGAUCUGCUGGUUGAGGAGCGUCCUGCCACGUGCCAGAUCCUGCUCCUAUUGGAGGAGGGCGGGCCGCGACCCCUGACCUUUGUCCUCAACGCCAACCUGGUGGUCAACGUCAAGCUCGUCACAUAUGGCGAGCGUCGGUGCUGGUGUGUGAGCUCCAGCGGCCUGCGUGGUGUGGGCCAGAGGGAGCUGCUGUUUGUGCUGGAGUGCCUGCCGGAGGAGAGCAGCCUGCCCCGGGACCUCUUCACCCUCAUCAGCUCCAUAUACCUGGACGCACAGAGAGGGAAGUUCAUCGAGGACUUGGGCAACGUGACGUUCACGGACAGCUUCCUGGGCACCAAGGACCACGGCGGCGUGCUGUUCUUCCUGCCCUCCUUCCAGCCCAUGGAGGGCCUGGCCGCGCCGCCCGAGCCCUUCCUCUGUGGCGUGCUCCUCCAGAAGCUGGAGGUGCCCUGGGCCAAGGUGUUCCCCCUGCGCCUCCUCCUGCGACUGGGCCUGGAGCACAACGUCUACCCCUGUACGCUGGUGAGCGUCCGCUUCAGACAGCCAGUGUUCCAGGAGACGGGGCACACCAUCAUGAAUCUGCUGGCAGAUCUCAGAAACUACCAGUACAGCCUGCCGCAGGUGGAGGGUCUCCGAGUACACAUGGAGAUGGGCAACAGCACCAUCCACAUCCCCAAGGCCAGGUUUCACGAGAUGCUGAAGGUGGUGAACUCGUCCAAUGAGCAUGUGAUCAGCGUGGGCGCCUGCUUCAGCACGGAGGCCGACUCCCACCUGGUGUGUGUGCAGAGCGAGGAGGGCGGCUACCAGACCAAAGCCAACAGCAUGCUGGGAAAGACACGCAGAGUGACGGGAGCCAGCUUUGUGGUGUUUAAUGGGGCACUCAAGGCAUCUUCAGGAUUCAUUGCCAAGUCGAGCAUUGUAGAAGAUGGGCUAAUGGUGCAGAUUCCUCCGGACAGCAUGGGGGCGCUGCGGCAGGCUCUGCGGGACCAGGCCGACUUCCAGAUCCCCUGCGGCCGCGCCGACAGCAGCGAGGCGCGCGAGAACGUCACCAUCCGCUGGGUGGACUGGAGCCCACCAGUCAACAGAGGGGUGACGAGUCCCAUUGACGGCCGCUCUCUGGAGGGAGUGUCCAGUGUUCGCAUCCAGCAGGAGACCGUCUUUGAGAGCGACGGCCGAACCAUUGUGUGCACAGAGGUGUUCUAUCUGCUGAAGAGCUCGGAGUGCCCCCUGGGGGCGGUGAUGUCGUCCUGCAGCCAGUUCCAGCGGGAGAUGGCCACGGCGGGCUGUGCCGCGCUCUGCCCCCACCUGGCCGUGCUCAUGGCCGCCGGCAUCAACAGCCUGGGCCUGCGCAUCUCCACCGACACAGACAUGGUGGAGUACCAGGCCGGUUCGGGCGGUCGCCCCCUCCCCCAGCGCUACAUGAACGAGCUGGACGGCGCCCUGAUCCCCGCCAUCCACGGGGGAAGCUCCCGCGUACCCCAGCACGCCCUGGACAUGGAACUGGUCUUCUACAUCUCGCACAGCCUGUAAAGCCAAGCAAGCAAGCAACACCCCCACCUCCCUGAACACUAAACUAGAACGGCACAGCACAGCACAGCGGGCCAGGCCAGGCCAAACCAGUUGGCUACUAACCUCUCGGCAUCUCCACGAUAUCUCACCCUCUCUCUCUCUCUCUCUCUCUCUCUCUCUCUCUCUCUCUCUCUCUCUCUCUCUCUCUCUCUCUCUCUCUCUCUCUCUCUCCCUCUCCCUCUCUCGCCCUUUUCUGUCUCUUGAACUCCGAGAAGACCAGAGAUGGAGGAGAAAUGUAAAACCUGCAUCUCACACCUCAAGGCUCCACACUAACAACCUGGAGAUGGAUGGAUGGAUGGAUGUUACUAUGGACAGAGAGGGACGGACGGCUGAAUGGGGUACCUUGAUGAAGCGAUGGAUGGAUGCGUGGAUGACAUUGUUGACAUCUGCAACAUUGAUUCGUCUUCGAAGAUGAGAUGGACCUUCCACAUGGCUGAGCGGAAAGCGAGAGGGCAAUAGUAUCCAUGUCAUGCAUCAUGUCAUGCUGUUAUCUUAUCUCACAGAAGGAGAUGAAACAUGAGGGGGCAUGUCUUUCAGCAUCUAAAGAUAGAACCAGUUCUUGACAUUUCAUUUCAUAGCUCCUCCUGUGUGGCCCAGAUGAUUCAGCAAGUUUUGAUGUGGCUUGAUGUGAAUUCUCCAUGAUUUGAGUGGGUCAUGUUCAGCGUCGACCGUAAACGCAAGCUCUUUAUGACCACCUAAAGGCCUUAGCUGGACUUUUCAUCUAAACAUCGUCCAAACGCCAUCCAGACAGCGUCCAAAGCCAUGGAGCUGGUUUUUCCCCACAUCCCUCGGAAGUCUUUUGAUGGUCAACUGGGCCUGAACAUUCCACUGAAGAGUCAAAUCUCUUUUUGUUUCUAUGGGGUUUUUGUGGGAGGGGGGUCCUCGGACCCAUCAAAGCAUGGCUGUUGAGCAUCAUCGAGCCCUUGAAACUAUUGGAAAAUGGAGCUGGUCUUCGACUGCAUGGAGUUCAUUCCCAGUGUCAUAAUAAAAGUCCCUCUUCUCCAAUCACUCCAGGAAGCAUCCAAUCACCUACCUGCUUGUGCUCUAAGCCCGGUUGCCUCCAUGCAUCUGAAUUGAAGGGCGCUGCUGCAGAUUGUGCAAGACGAUGAUGCACUAAAGUAAGGAUAUGACAAAAUAAGAAAAAAAAACAGUUGGUCGAUGAUGAGGACAUUUGUGCAAAGACCAGCCACCGCUAUGGGCAAGCCUUCCAGCGAAUGACGGCUUUAAGUGUAUGACAGACACUUGUUUAGCCAAUGAGAGAACUGGUCAACACACAUUGUCCCGCCCCAAGGAUGGCUCUCGGCCAUUGGCAGGCCGUCCUAAACCCGACAAACGCCAAACAUGUACCCAAGAUGGAGACCUCUUGUACAUAUGAUAUCCUGGCUUCAGAGAAAGCCAUAGAGGAUGAACAGUGUAAACAGAAACCAAAAAAAAAUUAAUAAAAAGACAAUGUGAACAGGGACAUUGGUUGUGCUCUGAACGUGGAUGUAAUACUAUGGCCCAUGUGAUGCAGUUGUGUUUUUGAAUAUUAGUAAGCAGACUGUCUGCUCAAUGUUUUUAAAUUCAUUCAUUUUUAUUUCAAUAUUAAUUAUUUUCAUCAAGUGAGGAUUGCAUUAUGUCAGAGUAAGUUACUUGACUGAUUGCUGGACUCCAGGCUUGUGUUAAACCCCCUCCAAAUUGAGGCUAUGUGCGUGUGUACUUGUGCGUGCGUGCGUGUGUGUCUGUGUGUCUGUGUGUCUGUCUUUCUGUGUGUGUUCCUGAAAAGGUAAAUUUAGGUGCACAUUACUAUCUUAAUCAUUAUUAAACAAUAUGAAGUUACCAUUGGUUCGUGGCUUCAGGCAAGUUUCCCAGAAUUCUCCCUAAGGCUUAGCACACUCUGCUGUCUCCUUCCAUGAUUUGGCUUUUCACCAGUACUUUUUUUUCUUUUCUCAAUUGCACAGGAAGACAAACUCAUUUAUUUAAGUUUUGUUAUGCAUGUAUGAAGCUUUAAUGAUGAUUUUUUUUCUCUCUCUCUCUCUCUCUCCCUCUCUGAGGGUUUUCUCAUAAUACUGGUCGCAGCUGACUGCUGAAAAGCUUGUGCUCAUUACCGUUGAAUCGUGAAGAAUCUUCACAAAAGAUUUUCACAAAAAAUCUUCACCGAACCGCAUAAAAAAACUGGUAAUAGCAAUCCCUAAAACCUUGACACUCCCGUGUUGGCCAUGAAUGCAGGCUUGAGCAUUAAUCGAGAGCUACUGUAUGUGGCUUACCCUGUUUGUCUGCGUUCGGGUAUGCUAGUGGUGACACACUAAACACCUUGUUUGCUGCUAAGUCGCCCUUGUUUGAGACAGUGUUUUUGUUUUAUUGUUUGCAGUCGCUGCUGUGGAGCCCCAUUGAGUUGCGCUGUCCUCAAAUGUUGUGGAAUACAGUUUGUGUUUCAGACAAACGUUACACAUCUUAGCCAUGGCCUGGUGUACAACGAGGCAUGCCAAAUGUCUGAUGUAUAUAUGGUCUGACCCACUGCCUGAUGCAUAGGUUGGAUCAUCAGAUGUUGGCCUAGGACAGUAGCCUGGUGAAUGACGAGGAAGCUGCUCUCAAAAUCCUAAAUUAGGCUAUGAUCCUUCUAGGGGUGAGUUUCUAAUCUUGGAUGAAAUGUACGAGAGGAGAAAUCAGAGAUUAUCAUUCAGUAUGUGUUUUUGAGCAAAGGUUUGUCCCGCAAUGCAACAAAAGGUCAUAUAUUAAAAAGAAAAACACUUUCAGCUAACAAUUACCUUCUCCAGCAGAAGGACUUUUUUAAUCAAGUGUGUCUUCAGUUCUGGUGUCUAAGUUUUGUUUUUUGUUUCUUUUGCCGUUUUCUUUUCUUUGUAAAAUGUUUGUUUGAAAAUGAAGAAUGCUUUUGCACUUAUUAAGAUUUCUCUGUAUGGAUGAACAGGCAUGUUGGCAAGUAAGAGUUCAUCCUGUGGUUUUCCCCACAGCAAAGGUGGGGAAAUCACAUGUUCUUACCAAAAUGGACAGAGACGAGACAUUUGCACCUUACACUACCAUUUGUGUUAUUGUUUAACAGUUAAGUCACAGGUUUUAUCCGUCAGUUGUUUCUCUGACCACAUGAAGUUGCAGUGAAGCAUUUGGCCCAGGAAGUGUGCUCCAUUUCUCCUUGAGCCUGAUGGUAGAUGUCACAAAGGGGUUGAAACACUUGCGAACAGAAACCAAUUUUCAGAAAGUCAAACUGAAUGUGCACCCAAGGUUGGUGAACACCACAAUGCUCUCUGAGCAUUUCUUUGUAAGGGUCUCUGAAUUAUAAUUCAGAAAAUAUAUAAAUAUGUUGGGUCUCCAGCUGUCUCUAUAUAUAAACACUAGAAAAUGUGGCGAUAUUUUGUAUGGAAGUUCAAACUACAUGUGCUGUGAAAUAAUCAGAAGCAUUUAUUGGUAUUUGUUAUUUUAUAGCAAUGAUGAAUAUAAUUAAUAAAUAAAAAAUCUGCUUCUUUUUUUUUUGGGGGGGGGGGGUGAUAAAUGUUUUGGGAGGUAAAUUAUUUUCUCACCGUCAUUAAUAGAACACAAAAUCAAAGACAUAAAGUAUUUUUAUGCUUUUAAUCUCAAUUUCAACUGUUUUGCAUAAUGUACCUGUAUUUAUUCAAGAAACCAGCUUUAUUUGGUGAUUCUGGUAUCUGGGACCUAAGGAUGUUCUAUAAACACCAUUUAUUUCUAAAUAUGUACUUCAUGUAGAAUAAAAUAUUGAUUUAUAUGCAAAUUAA